AUGGCAGAAAAACGUCUCAUCAAAGAGCUAAAGCAGCUUGCUAAGGAAGCUGCUAAUCCCCAGAUUUCACAAAUAGGACCCGUUCUGGAGGAUGACCUCUUCCAAUGGAGAGCCACUAUAUCUAAACCAUCUAGAGAUCAGUCUGAUUAUUACUUUAAUGGCCAGUGGGACUUAGAUAUCAAGGUUCCACCCACAUACCCCUUGAUACCUCCCAAUAUAUCGUUCAGCAAGACCACUCCUAUAGCCCACCCCAAUAUAGAUUUGAAAUCUGGAGAAAUCUGCUUAGACAUCUUGAAACUGUCAAGUUGGUCUCCUGCAUGGAAUCUCAACAAUUUGGUGGUUGCUAUUUUGAUGCUUAUAGAUGACCCAGAGCCUGAUCUGCCUUUGAAUAUUGAUAUGGCGAACUUGUAUCGGUUUGAUAAGACGGCGUAUACAAGCAUGUGUCAGUAUACUAUGUGGAAACACGGUACGUUCUGUGGGGAGAGUAGCAAUGGCGAGGAUUUGAGGCACAAAAGUGGCAUCAAAGUUGUGGAUGGAGUAACUCUUGAUAAGAACGUAGACUCGUCUCCGGAUCUCAGAGUCGUCCAUGAAGUUGAACAGGAAGUGACCAAGCAGUUUCUCGAUAAGGUGAAUGCAACUCAUUCUGCUUCCGGUUCCGAGGAGUUGACUGGUGAUGACUUAGACUCGGUUAAACAGAUUGUGAGCCACAACGUUUCGAAACAGAUUGAACUGAUAUACCAGAAAAAUGCUCCACAUUCUGGCCAGAGUUCCGGAACUGUAGUGCUGGUGAGCGAAGACAAUGCAACGAAGAAGUUGAAAUAUGAUUUUGAAAGACAAGUGGACGAGCAAGUCGAGCUUGUGCGCAGAAGACAGGAUAUAGAGAACGAGACUGUGAGUGCUGAUUCCACGGACAUCGAAAACCAUGAAGAAGGAGAGGAUAUUGAUCUAGAUAAAGAUGAUGAAGGAAAUGAAGAUGACGCUAUGGAAGAUGACGAUCUGACCAUUGCUCAGUCAAUCCCCUCAACAAAUAGCACCUCCUCACUAAAGAAGCUUAGAAAGUCCAUCACCAGACGAGCAAAGGGCUCUAAAAAGAUAGAGGACGGAGAAAAGAAGAGAUUUUCUAAGCUCAGAAGCUCAAAAAAGUAG